AUGGAAGUAAUCAACAAGACUCAAGUGAAGGACUUUGUUCUACUGGCCUUCUCCGACUUCCAACAAUUACAGACCCUACUGUUUUUUGUUGUUCUCCUAACAUACAUCAUAUGUGUCUUCGGUAACACGGCUAUCAUUAUUUUAGUGAGGGUUGAUCUUUCACUCCACACUCCAAUGUAUUUCUUUAUAAGUAUAUUUGCUUUUUUAGAAAUAAUGUUUGUCUCUACCACGGUUCCAAAACUCCUUGCAAACCUCAUAACAGCUAACAGGAUCAUAACGUUUCAUGGGUGUUUUGCUCAGUUGUAUAUUUUCAACGUCUUGGGGGUUGCCGAAUGUUACCUCCUUGCCGUCAUGGUUUUUGAUCGACACUUGGCUAUUAACAAACCUUUGCAAUAUUCAUAUAUCAUGAGCCAUGUUUUUUGUACGGUAUUGGCAUCUAUUCCAUGGCUGAUUGGUUUUCUAGUUGUCUUAUACCCAACAGUCAUCACCGCCCAAUUGGAAUUCUGCAGUCGGAAUGAACUCAACCAUUUUUUCUGUGAUUGGGGCCCGUUGCAGAAACUGGCUUGUUCCAAUCCUGCCCUCAGUGUUCUGUCUACAAGUUCAACCGCUGUCUUUGAUGUGGUCGUUCCAUUCAUUUUAAUUCUAGGAUUUUACAUCCACAUAAUAAUCAUGGUCACAAAGAUAAAGAGUGAUGCGGGCAAACAAAAAGCUUUCUCUACCUGCUCUUCCCAUAUUAUUGUAGCCAGUCUAUUCUAUGGCACAGCUAUCAUCGUAUACGUAAGACCCAACGGAAACCAGCACGAACGAUUCCUUGCUCUUAUGUACACCGUGGUCACCCCAGUGAUAAACCCGUUUAUUUAUACAUUAAGAAACAGAGAUGUGAAAGGAGCCCUCAGGAAGAUAUCUGCACAGCUUGUAAAGCCAGUAAAAUAA